AAAGCGGCGUCUUUCAAGGCACAGCAUGGUGCUGUGUUUCCUCCCCACUGCAGAGGAUCCAGUCCCAGAUUUUACACUCGUCAUCCUUCUCAAUCCGGCUGAGGUCAGACCUAAUGAAAUCCCCUUUAUACCCUCGUCACUAUCCAGUCAGCCCGACCUUUCCCGAAAAACCCAUCCCCUUUCUUGUACUUUCGCACUAAACAACCCCCCCCCUUCCCAUUGACACAAAUUCUGCAAUUCCCAAUUUCAACCUAGAAAUGGAGCACCCAUUUUUCCCGACGACCACCACGCGCGCGGAGGCCCUGCGGUGGCUUACAAUCUCGGAGAAGCUUCUGUCGGCGCGUGACCUGAUGGGGAGCAAGUCGUUCGCCGCCCGCGCGCGCGACUCCGACCCCACGCUCACCCCCGCCGAUCAAAUCCUCGCCGUCGUCGACACCCUCCUCGCCGGAGACCGCCGGAUCGGAAACAACCAGGAGGACUGGUACGCGAUCCUCCGCCUCACGCCGCAGCAGGGCCGCGAAUUGGAGCUCGUGGCCUCCCAGUACCGCAGCCUCGCCAUCGUCCUAAACCCUCAGCAGAAUAAAUUCCCCUUCUCCGACCAGGCCUUCCGCCUCGUGGUCGAUGCGUGGAGCGUGCUCUCCAAUCCUACGAGGAGAUCCCUCUACGACCAAGAAAUAUCCUUCUACUUGCACCCUCAACCAGACCCGUAUAGCAAUCCCCUUCCGCCAUUGAACCAAAAUUUCAUUUUCAACGGGGGCAGCAGCUCGACCGGCCUCGUGCCUCCGCAGCAAAGCAGCGCCCUUCCCUUUUCACAAGUUCAGGUACAUGCAAGCACUCACGUCGACCCGGUUACCGUCGGGUCGACCAUGCAUUUUAAUUCGGGUAGUCAUCUAGGUGCCAAAAUAAGUAAGGAGACGCCGUGUGCAGCAAAUGCUGCUGCUUCUCCACCUGCACAAAAUAACUCUAGCGUUGAUGAGAGAAAUAGUCGCAACUUGAAUGUGGGAGAGGCCGAGCGAGAUGAAGAGGAGGAGGAAAUGGAGGCAGAAGGAAAUGAUGACGGAUCGACUCUCUGGACUGCAUGCCCUUAUUGCUAUUAUAUGUAUGAGUAUCCUAAUCUGUAUGCUGACUGUACACUGCGGUGCCAGAAUUGUAAGAAAGCGUUUCAGGCGGUGGUAAUUCCGUCGCCACCGCCGGUGGUGGAUGGACAAGAUGUGUACUUUUGCUGCUGGGGCUUUAUACCAAUGGGGUUUUCUAUGGAGAAUUGGGAGAAAAACAAGGGUGCUGCCUCAUCUUGGACUCCCUUUUCACCUAUGUUCAAUACUAGAAUGCCUCCACGGAAGAGCCCGGCUCCUAGGAUAUAUUUUGAUGACGAUGAGGUUUUUGUUGAGGUUUCAGAGUCAAGUGAGUCUGAUGAUGAUAAUUGGAAUAAGGAUGCAGAGAAAAGGAACAAGAAAGCAAGGGUUGUUAAAGGAAAGGGGGCUAAUGGGACGCCCGGUAGAAGUGCUAGGAAAGCACGUGUGGAUAAGGGGAAGAAUGUCGACGAUUCAGUACCUCCAAACGGGGUGGAGACCCCUAAUAAAACAGCAGCCGAGUCGAGCAAAAAAGUGCCAGCUACUAAUGCUAGAAAACAACCUUCCAGAGUUGCUAAGAAUUUCGAGAAGUUGGAUUUGAAUGUGGAAUUCAGCAACGAAGCUGAGGAGGCAGCUCCUAGAGCGAAGCAAGGGAAUGGGUCAAGCUGCGGGGAGGAUGAUAACAUUGAAGGGAUUGGAUUUUUUGAGGGCCUUGAUGAAUUCCUUAGCAGUCUCCCCAUUCUUAAUGUCGUAGGUGAUGAUAAGGCUGUCAAGGCUGUGUAAUAAAUUGUUGGUGAUUAGGUGCAAGUUUGAAGCCUUCCAGUUGAAAUCCGGGUUAGAUAGCAACGUUACAAAUUUGGGGGUGCUGGACUGCUCAGGUGGAAGGAGGGGGUGGUACCUCGGGGGGUGUGCGACCUAGGAUGGGGUCUGGAGCGGUGGGAUGAGAUCCCCUACUGUGUACAAAAAUACCGCAUUUGGUGCUGUGCAUGAAACGCACGUAAUUCUAAGUGAAACGCAGCCCAUGUUUCUUUGUGAUAAAAUAUUAAACAAAUAGGAGUAUAAAUCAUCUAAAGAAAUGAACUAAUUAUAUGGAGUGCGUAUA